UGAACCAUUGCCUCCUUCACCGGCGUUAAUGAGUCAUUAAUUCUAUACCCGGCACCCUGUACUCUGCCUGCCAUUCGCUGUCGCUGUUAUCACCUUUCCGCAAUGCGAUCUGAUGAGCAUGAAUACGAAUUGUAGCUGUAAACGGGAUGACAAUAAAAAUAUGGAAAUUGUUUGUCCACUCAACAUAACAAUACUUAUUUAUAGAAGCGUACAAGUGGAUGUGAACUGCCGCGGCAUUGCGAACGCGCCUGAUAGUGACGCGCACAUCGACGCGCUACCUGCCCUACCCAUCGGACCCGAUCUAUUGCUGGUGGUGUUGCGCGGUUGCAACAACUUGGAUACAAUUUUACGUCGCUUGAGCAUACACAAAGUAAGUUUGUUGGAAUUAAGCGCUGGCACGCAUACAACAAACACAACAAAACUAACACGUCAACAACUACCGAAAGAACUGCCGUUGACGAGUUUGAAACUUACCGAUUACACACAGUUAGCGGCUGAACUGUUUGCUGAUUAUGCGCAAUUGAAAUUUCUUGAAAUAGAAGCUGCAGUACUUGAGUUGGCGCCUAAUGUAUUCCAGCCGCUGUCCAACUUAGUAGGACUCACAUUGAAAGGCUCCAUUGCACAGCUGCCGCUAGAGAUAUUUCACGCACAGCGUCGUCUCACAAAUGUGGUGUUUAGGGAUGGCGCGUUGCAAAGUCUGCCGUCAACCAAUUUUAAGCACAUGCCACAGUUGCAAUCUUUACACUUGCCACGUAACAAACUCGCGUAUAUGCCAGCGAAUAUAUUAGCGCCCCUCGUCGAGCUGCAACGCAUCCAUUUGAAUGAGAAUCGCUUGCGCGCGCUGCCCGCCUCGUUGCUAGAGCAGCAACGUAAGCUACUUUACAUCGAUUUAAGUGAAAAUCAGCUAGAAUCGCUGCCGCCCAAACUAUUUGCGCGCACAUUCCGCUUACGAGAGCUACGCCUCUCACACAACCAAUUGCAUAGCAUACCCAGCGAGCUGCUCGCGCCGCUCAACUACCUCAAUCUGCUACAUUUAAACAAUAAUCAACUGAGCGGCAUACAUCCGCAUAUAUUCGCAAACAAUAGUCAGCUGCAAUACUUGCAUUUGCAGUACAAUCAAAUUAAGAUACCUGCAGCGCAAAUGUGUGCGACCUUCAUGCCUCUCACACAACUAGGCGAACUCUUUUUGCACAACAACGCGCUGACACAUUUAUGCGAACAACCAUCCCCUCAAAAAAUGGCAACUAUUGAUUUGUCCCAUAAUCGCAUCGAAACGUUGCAAGCAUCUGGUCUAGUUGCGCUCGCCUGCAGCUGGGUACGUGUGGAUCUAUCGCACAAUGCGCUUCGAAGUAUUUUGGUGCCUGCGCGCAUCUACAGUAGCAAGGAAAUCCCUGCGCUCACGUGCGAGAGCACCGUAGCGCUCAGCUACAAUGCGCUUCACUGCGACUGUGAAUUAGUGAACUUUGUGCUAGGCAAUCAUCGGCGCUUUCUGAACGAGUAUACGCGGUUGAACACUACCCAACUGAGCUGUGGCUCGCCACCAUUACUGCGCGGUCGACUUGUUGAUACACUGCAACCCGGUGAGCUUCUGUGUCCCGUUGUCAGCGAUUUAUGUCCCCACCGCUGCCGCUGUUGGGCGCGUACUUAUGACGCUACGCUCGUGGUAAACUGCACGCAGGCGCAACUCAAAACUUUGCCCACACUACCAACUCUUUCGACUACACCGCUUAUGGCUAUAGAAUUGCACAUAGAUGACAAUGAAAUUAUUGCGCUACCUUUAAACUCAACCAACGGCUAUGCAAAUGUAACGCGCCUUUACGCGGCUGGCAACCUCUUGAGCAGUAUUGAAGCGUUCCAACUUCCCGCGCAGCUCACACACCUCGACUUGCGCCACAACCGCUUAACGUGGCUCAACAGCGGUUUCUUCACGGUACUCAACACCACCCAAACACUGCGCGCUUUGUAUUUGUCGCAGAAUCCGUGGGCGUGCGAUUGCGCCACCGAGCAAUUGCUCAUCGCCGCUAAGGUGCAUCACAAUCUCAUACGCGAUAUAGAUGAGCUCAGCUGCGCUGAUACGCGCUAUGCAAAAAUACUUGAACUUGCUUUCAGCGAUAUCUGUCCCAUGGAUUUGACUCCACUAUUCGCCAGCAUAAGCCUGCUGACUGCAGGAUUUGUAAUCGCCGUCGCCAGCACACUUUAUUUCAAAUAUCAGCUGGAGAUCAAUGUGUGGCUGUACGCACACAAUGCCUGUCUUUGGUGUGUCACGGAGAACGAGUUGGACAAAGAUAAAUUGUUUGACGCAUUCAUCUCAUAUUCGCACAAGGAUGAACGUUUCGUUACGCAAGAGCUGCUGCCGGGUCUAGAGCAUGGCGAUAUACCAUUUCGUGUGUGUACACAUGAGCGCAAUUGGCUAGCCGGCGCCUAUAUUCCUGAACAAAUAGUCGAGUCUGUGGAGCAAUCGCGUCGCACAAUAAUUGUGCUCUCGCAACACUUUAUCGAAUCGCCGUGGGCGCGCAUGGAAUUUCGCACGGCACAUCAGAGCGCUUUGAAUGAGGGACGCACGCGCGUCAUUAUUAUUAUGUAUGGCGAAGUUGUGAAUAUGGAUGCGCUCGAUACGGAGCUGCUGGCGUAUUUGAAGAUGAAUACCUACCUGAAAUGGAAUGAUCCUUGGUUCUGGAGCAAAUUACGUUACGCUAUGCCUCAUAAGCGGCGAAAUGUAAUGAAUGAGACGAAUGAGCCGCGCUUCGUGUAUAGCGCUAUGGAAUUAAUAGAGCUUAGUCGACGUGCGCGAACAACAACACUAAUGUGAGCGAGGGCCAUAGAGAGGUUUCAAUGUCAAGUGAU